AUCAUCAGCAGCGACAGGAAGCGUCUGUCGCCGCUCGUUUUUUCAUUUCGCGGUGUUGGAUGUUUUAUUUGAGCAGCUGCCAAAUGUUUAAACGUAAAUCAUAGAAGACGAAAUAAACUGUAACAUCGUCCGUUUCUUUAAUUAUUUACCUCAUGCGUACAGCUUAAGUUAUUUGGCGAGUUUGUAAGUUAUUUAAAAAGAUAAACGUAUCGAAAGAAGAUAAAAUAUUCAGAGCUGGAGAUGACUUCUGGAGGUUUGGGCUUCGCUGAGGGCCUGGGGCAAGACAUCAGUCAGGAGGAGUUGGACUUCUCCGACCUGUUUCUGUAUAAUCCACCUGGGGAAGACUUCCAAGUCGGCUGUGAUAAAGAUGACUCAGGUGCUCUCCUUCAGACCACCAACCAGCCUCCUCUGCUGGUAGUUGACCAUCACACUGCGUACAUCUCCAGCUCCAACCAGCCAGCCUCCAGUCAGGACCCCUCCUCUCACAGCCCAUCCACAGAAAACCUGUCAGGGGCAGUGUUUGACUCCCUGGGGCUUGCAUCAAGACCAGGAACCAUCCCUGCUCCCAGCCCCAGGAUUGAGAUCACUCCGUCAGGUGACUCUCUUAGCUCUCAGACCCUGGAGCCAAGCCCUGGCACUAAAGCUCUGGGGGCCUACAGGGAGUGUGUGAGCCCUGCCAGCAGUAACUCUUCCACAGGCUGGCCUGUAGAGGCAUACUCUCCUUUGGCUUCACCGUGUGUCUCCCCUAAUGGAGGCGGCUGUGGCAUCGGGCUGUCUGGCUUAGACCUCUGCAUCCACCCUUCUUCUGCCCACUCCUCUCCUGGAGCCUCACCUCGCAACAGCAUCACAGAUGAGACCUUUCUCCUGCCCCAGCACCAACGCACCGCCUCAUCGCUUCCCCACCAACGCUCCCGCUCUGCCUCGCCACAUGGGAAGCGUUCCUAUGACAAGGCCCACUCCUGUCAGGGGGGUACUCCUGUCAAGCAGCGCUCCCGGAGCCCCAGCCCCAUUCCCUCGCCCCAUGAGCAGCAGGGGUCCUACUACCUCCACCAAUACCAGGCUCAAGCUGAGUUCCAACCCCAGGCUCCGGGCCUGGAGGAGAUGCUGAGCAGCCUCAGCUCCAGUCUACCCAGAGCGAUGCCUUCUGCAGUGGUGCGAGAUGCACAUGGGCAGGCCCAGAGAAAGGACUGUGUUUAUGGAGAGGGGUAUGACUAUGAAGUCAAGUCUGAAACCUUCUAUAUGUGCCCAACAGUGUGGCCUCCUUCUCAUCCAGUUCACCACGGAGCAUUUGGUGGUCUCUCCGUGGCUCCACUUCCAUCUUUAGAGUGGCCAUUGCACAGUCAGUCCGGUCAGUACGAGCUCAUUAUCAAGCAAGAGCCCAGAUCUCAUCACAGAGCUCACUAUGAGACUGAGGGUAGCCGAGGAGCUGUAAAGACACCUAACGGAGGGCAUCCAGAAGUUCAGCUCUGCGGGUACCAAGGCACAGCUCCACUGGGGCUGCAAGUCUUCAUAGGAACAGCAGACGAGAGGAUCCUAAAACCCCACGCCUUCUACCAGGUCCACCGCAUUACUGGGAAGACUGUCACCACACCCAGCAUGGAGAGGAUGAUCCACGGGACAAAAGUGUUGGAGAUCCCUCUGGAGCCAAAGAACCACAUGAGAGUGGUGAUUGACUGUGUAGGAAUCCUGAAGUUGAGAAAUGCCGACAUCGAACUAAGGAAUGGUGAGACGGACAUUGGACGAAAAAACACACGUGUGCGUUUGGUGUUUCGGGUCCACAUUCCUCAACCUGGAGGCCAGCUCAAGUCUCUUCAAGCUGCCUCUCCUCCCAUUGAAUGCUCCCAGCGCUCAGCUCAGGAGCUCCCUGCAGUCGAGAGGCAGGACCUGGACCGAUGCUCAGUACUUGGUGGUCAACAAAUGGUCCUUACUGGACAGAAUUUCACAUCUGACUCCAAAGUGAUUUUCUCAGAGAAGACACAAGACGGGCAGCAAAUCUGGGAGGUGGAGGCCACUGUGGACAGAGACAAAACACAAGCUAACAUGCUUUUUGUUGAGGUCCCUCCGUAUCGAAACCGGACCAUUUCCCACCCAGCCAAAGUCAACUUCUACGUCAUCAACGGGAAGAAGAAACGCAGUCAGCCUCAGCACUUCACCUACACUCCUGUGAUAGCCGUUAAAGCAGAACCACUGGAUGACUACCAGUUGAAUUCGUACAUCUACUCAGACAAUCAAUCUCUGGCUGGCCUGUCAAUGAAGUCACUCUACCAUCACCUGGAGCAGGAGAGCAACCUUCAAGCCUUGAGUGUUUCUCCAACAAUGUACCAUCUAACCACUGUAGACCCCAGAGCCCACGUGUUAAUCCCUGAUCCACUGGACGACCAACCAGUUUAUUACCAGUCUAGAGCCGGCACUCUGAUCAACAACCCUGUGCUGUACCACACUGCAGACCAACGUUACAGCAACUGUGGUGCCACCCUCCUCGGUGGUUCCCAGAUGGCUUCCCACCCUGCCUCCACCCCCAGCCAGUGUGUCAGUGCCAGAACCCCUGUGGGCAAAGUGGGUGAGUGUCCUCAGGUUGGUGAUUCCUUUGAGGCCUGUUUGAUGUCAAGACAUCAGAGUUUUGUGCAGACAGCAUUGCCACUGGGAAAGUCACCACCUUCAAGAUUCAUCCAAGGUGACGUUCAAGGGAAGGCUGUAAGCCGAGUGGAGCCUCUGACCCAGAUCAGCUCUGGAAGGGGAAACCAUGAGGAACAAGCUACAGAGAAAGUCACAGUCAAACAAGAAAACCUCCGCUAUGCUUACUUGGAGGAUGUAAAUGACAUCAUAAGAAGAGACAUGAAAGGCCACAAUGGAAAGUGAUCCAGGAGGCCUGCGGCAGCCCUGAUGUCCAUCAGAUUAAGCAUAAUUUGUAAAAUGUUGGAAUAUGUAAGCAAUAAAAAAAAUGGAUUGGUGGCAGGAAUUUAAGGCACAUUAUAGAAACUGAUCCACUGUAGGCCUAUAUGAUGACUUUAGACUUUUUAGCCUUAGCAAAGAUAGCAUAUAGGACAUGUGUCAUACCUUAUACUGUGUUAGCUAUUGUAUCUUUAUUUUAACCAGUUUGACUUAUUGAGUUUAUCUAUAUAUUUGUACAAUUGCUCUUUGUUAGCAUGUAUAAAAUACUUUAUAUUAAAUAAAUUCUGUUUAUAU